AUGUCUUCCAAAGGCAUAGAUAUAAAAAAUAUAUGCCCUAUAAAUAGUAACAGUGAUGCAGGUCCAUGUCAUGAUGAUGGACGUAUACAGGCUAAGAGGGGAGAUCUUGAGGCUACCGAGUACGGAUAUGUUACUCAUCGCUCCUUUGAAAAUAAAAUUGACAAACUCACGUAUGGUAGAAAGUCUCUUCAGAUAGAAGAUGGGAAAAAAGGUGAUACACUAAUCUCAUUUACCAGAAGGUACCCUGAUCUCAAAGAAGUGACAACUUACUACUAUAGAGAAGGUGAGAACGAUGAAGAAAAUAUACAUACACCCCUUGUCCUCAGGGUUAAUGGAGGAGAAGCAUAUCACUUGUACCUCAACACAGGUGGAGACCAUACAAAAUGGAAACAUGUAUCUUUGAGGGGUUUAGAUAGAAUUCCUUCAGGUAACACAACAACCCCUGAACUGACUAGCAGGCUAAAGAGCCAGACGUGUAGACUCCAUAGACUUCAUAAAAUUGAUGUAAAAAAUAAUCAGGAGACUUUUAUCACAUGUUCUGUUUGUAAAAAGGCCAAGAUACGGUUGAACGAUAAACCGGAACGACCUGUUGAUUGCUACAAAAAAUUUUGUCAUACUCCAUCAGAUGACGAUGGUGAUGGUAAAAUAACCUAUCCAAUCACUUAUGGGAAUGAACUAAGUAAAUACAAAGAUGGUAAAACAUGGAAGAUCAUCUCGGUUACUAAAAGUGAGUAUGCAAAUGUCUCUGUUUAUUACUGGGAGGGUGAUAAAAAACUUGACAAUCCACUUUUAAUGGAACUUAAGCCUACUAAUGAAGGAAAAUCUAUCUGGUAUGAGAAUCUAGGAGAAUCUGCUGGAAAACAUGAUAAAUGGAGGAAAUUGGGAGAACAAGAAGCUAUAAAUCUAUCUUCUCCCGGAAAUCUUAAGGAAAAACUGGAUUUCCUCAGUUGCAUAUUUAAUGGGACCGUAAGGAUAAAAUUGGGAUUGGCUCCAAAUUGUCAUAAUUCCCCAGAUUUUCGACACAAGAAUAGACUAAGGACUUAUGUAGAUGGCAGUUCUCAUAGGCAUCUUUCCCUCUCUAUCUAUGAAUAUACACCACGUAUAGAAUCUGGAAGUGAUCCAUUCCAUGUAUCAGAAUUUUACCUUGAAGGUCAUAAACAGAUUUUUUCGGGAUCCCCUUCAUUCUUUAAAGAUGUUAAGAAAGUUACCGGAUAUGCUUCAUCCUGUGAUUCUGCAAGGUCAUUUUUACUUUGCAUAGAAACUGGGUUUAAUAAGAAGUGGUACAGGAGAAUACAAACUAAUACAUGGGAGAAUUGUGAUAAUGUUGAUGGUAAACUUGAAGGUAUUUUCAAAAGUGCUCAGAGUACUCUUGGAAUAAUACCAUGCCCUCUUCCCAAAUCCCUUCCACCAGAUGGACUUAAAUUAGUUAUAACAACACAACCACCGAAUGAUAAACUUACUACUAUUUAUUACGAUUACGGUUCUGGCAACACUCCCAUUCUGGUUGCUAAGGAUCAUGUUGGUCUACCAAAGGGUUUCUUCCGAGUUAUUCACACUGCAAGCACAGUAACAGGAUAUUUUAUGCUAAGUAGAAAUUUAGGCAGGGGAGGUACCAUACCGUCAACUAGAAGAUCCGAACAAUCUAUAAAUAAUGUCAAACAUGUAGAGGUAUACUUCGGAACUUCCAAUCCUAAUCUACCAAUUCUUCUGGGGAUCGCUACGAAUACUAGAAGUGUGAAUGAGACAAAGUACUAUUCCUAUAGUUCAACCACCGGAAGGGCAGAUCAGGGUAAAUGGCUGCAACGGGAGUAUUUUGGUCUAAAAUCUACUAGUCUGACUGAUAUGCUUGAUGAUCAAAAUGGUUAUAGAAAUAUGGCUCUACCCAUAGAACUAAAGGAUCCUGUCCAUUUCGAACAAUUUUGUAGUAAAAUUGAAAAUACUGGUACCAUUCCAUAUCUGAAGAAAAAGUCAUAUAUAUCCUCAUCAAAACCUCCACCUGAACUUCCCCAAGAGGCCAGAAAGAAUUACGAAGUAGAAGGAUACCAAGUUAACGAUAGUGCUCAAAUAUCCAGAGUAACAUUUGGAGGAGAGGAUACUAACAUUAUUCCUCCUAAAGAUAAAGUUUCUGAGCUGAGGAUAUACAGGUGGAAGAAUGGUAAGGAUAGUGACAAGGUACCUCUACUACUUGAGUUUAAACCUACUAACGGAAAGCCAUCUACCUGGUUUGAGAAUCUUGACAAGGAGAGUCUUCACUGGAUGAAUGUUAAAGAUGAGGAUGCUAUGAAAUUUUAUACAGGUUCUCCUCUACAAGGUAAUUAUACCGAGGCAGUCACUAAGAAACUGGAUGAGGUCAGCUGUAGACUCCAUCAUACAGUUAAGAUAGAUGUAUUUAUCAAGGAUAAUAGGAAGCUGUAUUGUCAUAGAAAAUGCACUUACAAGAGAAUAAAGGUUGAACAAGAGACCAGUAUGUUCCCUAAAUAUAUCGGAUAUGAACACACUUCGGAUAUUAAAGGCGAAAACUUUACCAUAACGGCUCUAACAAACAAGGAUAAUGUACAAAAUACUAAUCUUCCAUAUCCUCUUGAAAACGUCAAAACUGUCACUGUUUACUUCUCUACCUGUGAUCAAACGACACCACUUAUGAUAUAUAUACACCAUGGAGUUACAGAUGAUGAAAUUAAUGGACAAAGUAUCUGGCUUAAGAAUGAAAAUAAAGAAGGGAAAUGGACUGAUGUUAGCGAUAAAAUCCGAGUUGAUACAGCAGCUAUUGAGGAAACUCUUAAUAGUGUCACAAAUACUCUAGGAUUAUGCCCAAGAAUUCAGGGAUCUACUGGUGCAGUAACACGUUCUGAAGGAGAGCCUUAUGAAGAACUAGAAAGAGAAGGCCUUGAUGAAGCUGAGGAUGUUGAGGAGGAAGAAGAAGAAGAAGAGGGAGCUCAGGUACCAGAGUCUCCAAUGGAAGAAUCAUCUGAAGAGCAAGACCCUGAUGGUACUCCGGAACCUACUCUUACUGCUACCUCUGCUGCUACUCAAUCUCCUCUUGGAUCUCUGCAACCUAAUGCUGUUUCUCGAACCGCAGAUACUGAUGGUGGUCCUGGAAACUCUGAUAUAAAGAAUAUCUCUAUUAUCACCUCUUCUGUUCUUGGUGCCUCAGGGUCCAUUACUGGGUUUGCUUACUGGAUCUACAAACGCUUUGCUGGAGAACCAUGGGUUCGGCAGAUCUAA